AUAUUUGACGGGUUUGACUGCGCGCGAGACGAAAGAUUUCCACCGGGGAUUGCGCGCCGCACGACGACGUCGACCUUGAUCGAUCGAUGACAAUGGACCCGAUGCUAUUAUAAUGAUAUUGUUGCCGACGAAGACGACGAUCAGCACAUUGUGCGCACAGAUUGCGUUAUACCGCGCACGUCAAACGCCCGACGCGUGUAUAUAAUACGCCGCAUAUAUUUGUGCGGCGCACUUUGUUGUACUGCCUGUAUACCGCGGGAGAGCACCGACAGACGCGAUGUUUGCACGCGCUUGGUCCGCGACGAUUGCAGUAGCGGUGAUGUUGACGACGGCGGUGAAUGCGAUGGCUGCGAUGACGGCGAUGACAGCGGUGACGACGGCUGUGGCGGUGAUGACCGCGACGACGACAACCGCGGUCUUCGGUGCCGUGACACUGGACAGCGUGGCCGUCCGCCUGGGCCUGCCCGAGGGCCGGGGACUGUCCGGAGUGUGCCUGUACAGAAACGGGCCGGACAAGCGGCGUCACGUCAUGUUCAAAUCGGUGGCGUCGGCGCGCAAGAAAUACGGGGGUGGCGGCGAUUACAUGGUGGCCGGCGACCUGGCCGCUGACCGGGUGUACGAGGGCACAUUCGCCCGGCUCAUCGACGGAGACCAGGUGGCACGGUUCGGGUGUGAUGGUGGCCGUCGGUUCGAGGUGGCCACGCCAUUCGUAGUGCCGGAAUCGGAUCUAGAAACCAUUCUGGCGGUCAAGGAGUCGAUGGAACGGCGGUUCGGAGGGCAGCCAUCACGCCGGGACCCGCACCGGUCGGUCACGGCAGAACACAUGUCCGUGACGCUGCGCGGUUUGCGCCCACCGUUUGCAGAAGCCGGACUUGACGCGGCCGCCGCAAUCACAGUAGACGUGUUUCAGCUGUACAAGAAACAGCCACCCGCCGUGAGCGACACUUGGGACACGGCUGCAAAGCAGACAGGGGGAGUCCGGUAUUCGGCUUACCCGUAUGCCAGGUACGCGCUCCGGUAUCCGGUCAGCGACCUCGUGCUGGCCGACUUGCCACCCGACCAAAUGUUGGCCGUUAAGUUCCGCCGUUCAGCCGUCACCGCGGCCGUUCCCGUGCAGCCUCAUCAGGCCGACCUUCAAGCGAACCGAACCGAAAACGCCAUUUUCAUAUACACCGGAGGCCUCUACCCUCGCGGUACCGCCAACCUGACGGACAUGUUGGACGAACGUAGUGUAGGCGGUGGUGGCAAGUAUGCCUACGACGCUGACGUGGACGCCGCGGCCACCUCGUACCAAAUCGACGCCAAGCAAGCUCACAGCGACUCAUAUGAUAUAUUAAAAAACACAGUGAAAUGUUUCACAGACGGUAUGGUUUACAACGGGUAUCCAUGUCGGAACUCUGAUGUCUGCAUACCUCUGGGCUGGUUAUGCGAUAGUCAAAAAGACUGUCUUGAAGGCGAUGAUGAAUAUAAUUGUUACAAUACAGUAGAUACGAAUGGCGGAGAAAGUACAAAUAGUUUGUACAACAAUAAUGACAAUUGGUAUUAUAGCCGUGGUACUUGCAAGAAGUUUGAAUUUCGGUGUCGUUCUCGAAGAAUGUCCGUCUGUUUACCCAAUUCUUGGUUAUGUGACGGACGAGUAGAUUGUGAUGACGGAUGGGAUGAAAAUGAAUUCAAUUGUGGCCGAACAUAUGGUGGAUUAAGACCAGGAAUUGGUGACUUCAACGCUCGAGAAGACCAUACGUGUAUAAACAAAAAUAAUUUUAAAUGUUGGCAAGGGACAGGAUGUGUAGGUCUCCGUGCAGUCUGUGAUGGCAUCAAAGACUGUUCCGAUGGAUCCGAUGAACGUGUAUGCGACAACUGGAAUUCACAGUGUAAUCAAUUUACAGAAUUUAGAUGCUUGAAUAAUUUUAAUACAUAUAAUGCUCGUAGUUGCAUACCACGGCAAUGGGUAUGCGAUCUACAAGACGAUUGUCCACACGGAGAAGAUGAAACAGUCACCAGCUGCUUAGGAAUGGACCACCCAACAUUUAACGGUUUGGAAACUGAUAUCGAUGAUUUUUAAACAGAACCUACCUAUUUCAACAAGACUCAAUAAACCUAUAAUCAUCAAAAACUGUUCUUAUAUUAUAAUACUGUGUUAAAUUUAACGUUGUAUUAUCAUCUGGUAUCGCGCUUUAGAGAAACAUGGUGUCCGCGACAAUUAAAUAAAUGUUGUCUUCACGUACCAUUGUCGUACCAAUGGCACGAAUUCAAUAUACGAUGUGUAGAUACAA